AUGACGGCCAUAUACGUCAAGAAUCGACUGCCGUCACCUAAAGUCGUACUAAAGAAUAUGUUUGAGAUCGUCUACAACUCGACGCCAAGCGUCAAGCACAUGCAAGCAUUCGGGUGCCAGACGUACAAACUGACGCCAAAGGAGAAUCGGCUUAAGUGGGAUCCAAAGUCUCGCACUGGCAUAUUCGUGGGAUGCGAAGAAGUGUCGAAGGCGUAUCGAGUUUAUGACAUCGAGGCGGGGCAGGUGGUUAUCAGUCGCGAUGUCAACUUUGACGAGUCCACCUUUGGACUUCCGCCGCCGAUCACUGAUGAAGAUGCCGAUGACCUGGACUUCGAAUUGCUUGACCUCAAUGAUGAAGAGCCGCGUCAGGUGGAGUACAAGCAAACAGGCAAGCGCAAAAACCGCCUCAGAGAUAAAGAUACAGCAGCUCCACGGCCACGUGUAGUGCGUCAACGACCUGGACUAGAAGAGUCAAGCGCGCUAGAAAACAACUCGUCACGCCAAGAAGAAGACGAAGAAAGGAAGGAUUCUGAUGAAUCAAGUCCGCCUGUGUUUUGGCAUGCGAAACUCGAGUCGAUGCGCCUUCGAGGUGUGUUUCGUGCAGCCAAUCUGCCCAACGGACAACGCGCCAUUGGCACAAAGUGGGUGUUUGAGAUCAAGCGCAAGGCGGAUGGGUAG